UAUAGGAGCAUACGUCCUCCACUCUGAUUGGCGCAACUACUCUCUUAUAAAGCAGUUACUCGCGCUGCCGAAAUCAUCACAGUCAAUACAGUCGCUUGUAUUGGUUUUUAAAGUGUUCGUACGCAUUAUAACUUAUUCAUCAUGUCUGGUCGUGGUAAAGGUGGAAAAGUUAAGGGAAAGGCAAAGUCCCGUUCUAACCGUGCUGGAUUACAGUUUCCAGUUGGUCGUAUCCAUCGUUUAUUACGUAAGGGAAAUUACGCAGAACGUGUUGGCGCCGGAGCACCCGUAUAUCUUGCUGCUGUUAUGGAAUAUCUGGCUGCUGAAGUUUUGGAAUUGGCCGGCAAUGCCGCACGUGACAAUAAGAAGACCAGAAUCAUCCCCCGUCAUCUCCAAUUGGCCAUCAGAAAUGACGAAGAAUUGAAUAAAUUGCUUUCUGGAGUAACAAUCGCUCAAGGAGGUGUUCUACCAAACAUCCAAGCUGUCCUCUUACCCAAGAAGACCGAGAAGAAGACGUAAAUUACGUUUCAAACAUAAACAAAAGGUCCUUCUCAGGGCCACCAUGUUCUUCUAUUGAAAAGAUUUUAUAUCAUCUUUGUUUUAGUAAAAUUCAAUAUAUUUUGCCAUUGGAGUCGGAAAUUUUAAAGGUAAAACCAAAGCUAUAAAUCGAAUUAUAUUUUAACUGGUAAUUUUAGAACAUUUUCUUAUAAUUUUCUCUGAAUAUUUUUCAAUAACGAUAUUUUCCUAUCUUCCACUAAUUAUAGCUUUGGUACCUAGGCAAGGGCGUACAUUGUUUUUUCUUGGUGGGAGGAGGAGUAUUCGAAAAUAUCGACAACGUUUACUCAAAUCUGUAAUGUGAGAAAAAAGAGGUUUUAUAACAAAGUUGAAAACAAAUUACUCUUGUCUUGUAGUCCUACUUUUUGUGAUGCUGUACCAGUU